GUGAGGCUGUGAAUUGGGAUUCAAAAAUAAUGUUGCGUCAGCAUCUUUCGUAAUACCGGAAAUUAGUAGAUCGUUAAAUAUAAUCGAUAAAUAAUAAAUGGAGCAACGAAUAAGUCACCCCCAAUAACUCCUAAUAAUUAUUUUGAUAAUUCAUUUAAUGAUUAUUAAUGCAUUACUACGCUUCCAAGACGAGCCUGAUCAAACGUGUACAUUCUCUGUAAAAUAUUCAUCGUUUUCCACCCAUACUUUUCCAUUAGUUCAAAUAUUUUAGAUGCAGGCGUUGUUAAAAUACAGGAACGAAAACUAUGCUGCGCGCGGAAUCGCAUAUCACUUUCAAUCGAAAACAUUUCAACGUCGACUAAAGCCCGAGGCAGCCGCACAAUGGUAUUUUUUUCACGAGGCUGUGCAUUAAAAAAGCGCACACGUUAGCCCGUAUUUCCUCUGUUUUGAUUUUGGCCCCGGUGGCGCGCGGUGUGCAAAGUGGACUUGAAAAUAACCCCGUGAGGAGAGAGAGAGAGAGAGAGAGAGAGAAAGAUAGGGGGAGAGAGAUCACUCGAUCUAUUAAUAGUUUACCGACGUGAGUAUCUUUGUCGCCGGUUCGGCAUCGACUACGCGCGAUUCGGCCCGCAAAAUCCGCCGAUACAGUCCGCGCGCGUGCACGCGCGUGUGUGUGUCGACGCCCGAAGACGUGUCGGCCGCGAUGCAGCAGCUGACACCUCCGCCCGCUGGUGAACGAGUCUCGACGUGGAUGAAUUAGGAGCUGCCAGUUGGAUACGAAGGAACGAAGCUAGGUGAGGAGAGGAAGAGGGCCUCCCACGGAAAGUGUCUAUCUGCGGCGGACAUGGCCGUCGUCGCGGGACUCCCCGAUCGCCCCGUCGAGAUUUUUGGCGUUCGCGUAUAGCAGAAACUGGAAGAAACUUAAAACCGCGGGUUUCGGGUGAAUCUAAAUAAAGAACUAUGCAGCGCGACGGCUGAGGCGGGGCGCGGUGCCUCGGGACACGUGAGAGAGUGAGUAAGAAUGGUACACCAAGCCGCAUACAGCAACGAGACGAGCGCAUCCCUCAAUGGCGUACCGAACGACGACAGCAAAGGAGGAACGUCCGGAGUUGUCGCGGCAGACGCAGUGAUAGCGCGUGGUGUUGUCGAUGGUGCUGAGACGACUUCCCUGACACGCGGCGGCAACGGCGGUGGCGGAAGUGGCAGCGGCAGAUUCUCCCUGUUCAGGUGGUUCAAGCGAAAUCGCGAUUCAACCGUGGAGAAACGACGGCGAACGAGCGCGAGGCCGGACGACGAUGGCGUCGUCCGACGACGUAGCAGCAUCUACUCCAGCGUGGAGAGCGUAGACACCUUUUACAGCACCACCACGGUCCGCAGUUUCGCGUUUCACACGGGAACCCUGGACCGUUGUAACGUGCUAUCUCUGGACAUACUUAAGCAAGCGGCCGAGGUUGGUCCGUUCGCCGCCGGAGCCUCGAAGGCGUAUCUAGGCAACAAAGAGAACAACGCAGCGCCGGCCGUCGCCUGUACGUUACCAAUUAACAUACACUCCAGGAGACAAGAUAUCACCACCAGAUACUCGCUGCAACCAUCGACGGCCUUCAGCUCGUGUGGAAAUUUCCUGACAGCCGAAAAGAACUUGUUGGAUUCGUCGAGAAGACUCGAUGAGAGCGCAAGUGCCAGUUAUAAUAGGUCCGUGCGACGACGGGUCCACGUGAAAGGAAAACGGAGAGCACCCAACCCUCCUGGCGCGGCCGUGAAGGUCGUGGAGGUCAAUGUACGCGAGACGCCGGCGAGGAACAGCAAUAGACGCAAACGACGGGCGCCGCGACCUCCUGAAAAAGCGACCGCGGAGCAGUCAAAGCUCGUCACCGAUGGCGGUAGCAUGGAGAUAGAAGAGCGGAAGAAUGACGAAGGACAGUCGAUCAGCAACGAUACACUAAUUCUUCAAGACGGUAUGCUGCUGUCAAAGAAGGAGAUUUGCGGCAGUCCAAAGACCGCGAAGAAAAACAACGCUAGCGACGCGGGAGCGUCCAGUGUGACAGUCCUUCAGGAAAGAGCGCAAAGUCCCAUUGGUACCCUGAACACGGCCAUGCCUCGACCUUGGUAUAAACGCAGCGUCUUCGAUUCUCGCGACUCCGGAUCGUCCAAGAGAGGUGCCUUUCGCAGUCCUGCGACGACGUCUGCCGAAAUGAAGGAGGAGUGCAUUGGCAAUAUAAGUUUUUCUCCGAGUUAUUCCAUUGACGCUUCGCUCUCAAGGUUUUUCCAUCGCGGUGAACGGCAGAGCGAUGAUAGAAAGCGACAGGAAGCCAAACGAAAGUCCGGCCUGUCCAUCCUGACGAACAUCAGCGAGUUGGACAAAGAAGCGGCGGCGAUCGUUCAGGAAGAGCAGGCACGAGCACGGGCGUCGAUGUUACUAAAGGCUUCAAAAUUUGCUGAUGAGUUUGAAAGAAGGGACGACGUUAACGAAGAACUCGUUCAGGAUAUAGUCACCUCGGCGAUCGAGAAUUCAUCGCCUAGACGAGGCACGCGCGCCUUAAUCUCAAAAUUCAAUGCCAUCAGCAAUAUCACUAAGGUCACGGUCAACGCCAAUUUCUUCGCUAAAAAAGACCAGUCAGGUUAUAAGCUUGAUCGCGAUACGACAAGAAACAGCAGAUUCGAACAAAUCGGAGAUUGGAGGAAUCAAAGAUUCUCGGUCCAACAAGAUCUCGGUCAAAGUGUCCGCGUUGAUAAAGACAUCUCUAAGUACUUUUUGCCACAGCAAAAAUCAUCGAGAAAUAGAACUGAAUCGCAUGCGGAUGUAAAAUCAGUAGAUCUCAAAAUUACCUCUAGCAAGGAGCAGAGUGAUCAGCUGAUGAAGGACGCAUCUACUAGAAUAUCUUUAUUACAAAAUCAACUUGCUGCAAAUCGUGCGAAUGAGUCUUUAACUACUCAGAAGGAUGUUAUAUUUCCGGAAGAAAAAAUUAGACCGCAACAGAAAAUCGUCAAAGAAAUGAAAGGCAAAGAAUCACCGAGAUUAAGUGAAACAAGAAGAAAAUUUCUACUUUCUCGUGCUCGUAAUUUAGCUGAAAGUACGGAAAAUGCGUUAAGUCCCCUCAGAGAAAAGACGGAGGGCGUGCAGAAGGAAUUUUCGGACGUUUUCGACGAGAUUGAUCGACAGCUACGCUGUAAACAGUUCAAACGCAUCGAACGAAGACCAGUGGCCGAAUCUGACGGUAUCAGAGGCAAAAUUCCAGAGGAUGAAGCUGUAUCAAGCAAAGUGGCCAAAGUGCUCGAUAUUUUGGUGGAAGCUGAGAAAGAUGGUAAAACGAGAUCCAUGAUACAGCCAGAAAGAUCGAUGCAAGAUAAGAGAAUGUCACGUUUGAUGGACUCAGACCAGAAGGCAAAGUUAUCCAGCAAGACAAAAUUAACCGCUCUCAAUACUGUCGAGAACCCAAUUACUGCGGAUUUGAAGGAGAUGCUGAAGGAGAUGAAGCACUCGUUACCGAAACGACCCAAGCAGUUGAAGAAGACUGUGUCAAACGACGGCGACGUUCUCGAAAAGGUUGAGAAGCGCUCACCCGUACCUACGAACAAGAUCUCCUACAUUGCCUCCGUCACGGCGACAACGUCGUCGAAUGAUUACGAGACAGAUAAGCAAAAGGUAUCCUCGUCAGCGCAAACUAGUGGAAACAUCCGUAGAUUAAAUCAGCCUUCUACUUCCGCCGAGCAACCGUUUACAUCGGGAUGGAAACACGAGAACGUGCUCUACAGAACUUCUGGCAAGGGUUCGGUCCUUGGGAAGAAUACUUUCCAACUGAUACGACCACGCGAUUUCGCCGAGAUAGAAGCUAUGAAGACCACGAAGGAGGUGUACAAGGAAAACACUUAUGCCAAUGUGAUGGAACCGUCGCUGUACGCCAAUACUCACGUUCCACCCGUAUCGCCGAAGCAACGAUCGGAUCCGACGACGUCUAAGGACAUUUCGCAAAGUAAUCAUCCUGAAGAGCAGCCCAAUAUUGCAAACAAGAGUAAAAUCAUGUCGAACGAUGAUGAACUUGCAAAUGAAGACGAUAAUUCAUCAGCGAGGAACAUGAAUACUCUGGCCAUAAAUCGAUUACUUAGAAAGCUGGAAGGGGCCAUCGCGUCGGGCCAUCAUCAACAAGCGGCGGGAUUAGCGAAGGAAUUGGCAAGGCUCAAAAUCCAUUGUUCCGUGAUACGACAGCGUUCGGCGGCGCGUUUGAAGGAUCAGUCGAUUAAAGUCAAUAUGUAUAUCGAAGACAAACUCGCUCACCAAGGACCCAUACCGCUUCAGCUGCCGACGAGAAUGACGGUAGCCGAGCUGAAGACAAAGAUACAUACGGAGUUUGAAAUACCCACGAACGUGCAGCGAUGGAUCAUUGGGAAAAACUUGGCUGAUCACGAUGAGGCUACUCUCGAAGAGUUGCACGCAGUGGAUGGUUCACCGGUGUUUCUAUAUCUUGUAGCACCCGAAUUGCAUGUCGAUAAUGCAGCACAAGCGAAUAAACCAGAGCCAGCGGAGGAAAUUUCUGAGGAAUUGCCACAAGAACAAUCAAUGGAGGAAGUUUUGCAAAUCGAAGAAACGCAAGAAACUAAGGAAACAGAUGAAAUAAUACCGGCAACAAGCAAGAAUCAGCAAGAAGCGACGGAGACAGACAUGUCGGAAAAUGUCAAGAUAGGACGAUACGAGGAACUGAUAUCAUUGGAGAACUGGGACGUUAUUCCGAAUUCCGAGCCAAUCGAGUGCCCAAUAUGUUUCGUUACAUAUGGCCCGCGCGAAGGUGUAAUUCUGAGGGAUUGUUUACACAUGUUCUGCAGACCGUGUAUCGCUAAUACGAUCGCGUACUGCGAAGAAGCGGAGGUAAAAUGUCCAUACAGAGACCCUGACUAUACGUGUGAAUCGACCCUUCAAGAACGCGAGAUCAAGGCGCUCGUUGAGCCAGAAGUUUAUCAGCAACACCUCGCGAAAUCGAUCGCACAAGCGGAGAACAACGCCGGAAACAACGCUUUCCACUGCAAGACACCGGACUGCCCUGGAUGGUGCAUUUACGAUGACGAUGUGAAUAAUUUCUUAUGUCCUGUAUGUGGAGCCAAUAAUUGUCUUACUUGUCAGGUCGUUCAUGCUGGGAAGAAUUGCAAACAAUAUCAACAAGAAUUGCAACUUUCAAAAGAGACUGACCAGGAAUCUAGAAGGACAGCAGCAAUGCUCAAGGAGAUGGUAGAUAGAGGAGAGGCACUUGCGUGUCCCACGUGUGCCGUUGUUCUUAUGAAGAAAUGGGGUUGCGAUUGGCUGGUUUGUUCUAUGUGUAAAACAGAGAUAUGUUGGGUAACCAGAGGACCACGUUGGGGUCCGGGAGGUAAAGGAGAUACAUCCGGUGGCUGCAAAUGCGGUGAAAACGGAAUCAAGUGUCAUCCCCGUUGCAAUUACUGCCACUAAAGAAUUACAAUUGCCACGGCAUGUGGCAAUGAGAAAAUGUGAAGUUUACGAUGAAAUGUUCUAGAAAAGUGCUUUUGUACCAUUCAUAUUGAUACAUAAAAUGAUUCAUCCGAUGCGACGUA